GAACUCUCUCUCUGGAUCUAUCCCUCAAGAAGUAGGAUUGCUAAGAUCUCUCAUUACCCUUUCAUUGUACAUGAAUAACCUCACGGGAUCAAUCCCCGCUUCAAUAGGGAACUUGACAAACCUGACAUGGUUGACCCUUUACGAGAACUCUCUCUCUGGAUCUAUCCCUCAAGAACUAAACAAUCUUAGAUAUCUACUGACUCUUGGUAUAGGCUCCAACAAGUUCACCGGUCAUCUACCGCCGUAUAUGUUCGCUCAUGGAUCCCUCAAACUACUUGACGUAGCAGAAAACUAUUUAAUUGGUCGUAUCCCGAAUAGCUUGAGAAAUUGCAGUGAGUUACGUCGUGCUAGGUUUGAUCAAAACCAAUUGACUGGGCAUUUAUCAGAAGUUUUUGAGGCAUUCCCAAACCUUGAUUAUCUAGAUCUCAGUCACAAUAAUUUCUAUGGCGAUCUUUGGCACAAAUGGGACCAGUUUCCCAAUCUGACUAGCCUAAAGAUCUCCAAAAAUGACCUUUCCGGAAACAUUCCACUUGGCAUUGGAAGAGCAACUCAGUUACGAUUACUCGACCUCUCUUCAAAUCAUCUAGUUGGUGCGGUACCAAAGAAUUUGGGAAAGUUGGUUUUUUUGUUCAAUCUUACUCUUAGCAAUAACAAACUUUCACGCGAUAUUCCACCAGAAAUUGGAAGCCUGUCUAGUCUUCAGCAUCUAGACUUGUCUGGAAACAAUCUUAGUGGACCUAUUCAAAAGAAGUUGGGUGACUGUGUGAAUCUUCUGAACUUGAAAUUGAGCAGAAAUCUUCUCAGGGAGAGUAUUCCUUUUGAAUUAGGAAAAUUGCAGUCUCUUGAAAAUCUCGAUCUUGGAAAUAAUUUAUUAACAGGUGAGAUACCAUCAGGGAUUGGGAGCUUGAAAAGGUUAGAGAUACUAAAUCUCUCCCACAACUUCUUGUCUGGUUCAAUCCCUUCCUCUUUCAACGGGAUGUCAAGUUUAACGUCGGUUGACAUAUCUUACAAUCACUUGGAGGGUCCUCUGCCCAACACAAAAGCAUUUGAAGAUGCUUCAUUUCAAGCAUAUCGAAACAAUGAUAGACUAUGUGGCAAUAAAACUAGUUUGAUGCCAUGCUCACUAAAGCAGAACAAUGGAGAUAAAGGGAGAAAUCAUAAAAAAAUUGUGCUUCCAGUUGUAGUUCCUUUGUUGGGUAUUUUAUUUCUUAUUGUUGCUAUGACUUUCCUAAUCCAUCGCAACAAAAUGAGAGACAACGAAAUUGAUCCAAACAGAGCAAGUAAUAAAGAUUUGUUUGAGAUUUGGAGCUUCGAUGGAAAAUUGGUGUAUGAAAACAUAAUCCGAGCGACGGAGGAUUUCAAUGAUAAGCAUUGCAUUGCAGCAGGUGGAUAUGGCACUGUUUACAGAGCUGAGCUGCCAAGUGGUCAAGUUGUCGCUGUAAAAAAGUACCCUCCUUCCCAAGAUGGCGAGUUGGCUAAUCUGGUAAGUUUUAUGAGUGAGAUUCAUGCAUUGACAGAGAUACGACAUCGGCAUAUCAUAAGGCUUUUGGGUUACUGUUCACAUCCACGACACUCAUUUUUGGUUUAUGAGUUCUUGGAAGGGGGGACCUUGGACAAGAAACUAAGCUGUGAGGAAGAAGCACUAAGUUUGGAUUGGGAUAAGAGGAUAAAUGUUGUUAAAGGUUUGGCAGAUGCUUUGUCAUAUAUGCACCAUGGAUGUUCACCCCGGGUCAUUCAUCGUGAUAUAUCGAGCAAGAAUGUUCUGCUAAACUUAGAAGAUGUCGCUUACCUGUCUGAUUUCGGAACUGCAAGACUUCUAAACCUGCAGUCAUCAAAUUGGACUUCCUUUGCAGGCACCUUGGGAUAUGCUGCUCCAGAACUUGCUUACACAAUGGAGGUGAAUGAAAAGUUAGACGUCUACAGCUUUGGAGUUUUAACACUGGAAGUUGUAAUGGGGAGGCAUCCAGGGGAUCUCAUGUCUUCUCUUUCUUCAUCAUCUUUGGAUUCGUCACCACCAUCUUCUUAUGGUAUUCUGUUGAAGGACGUAUUGGACAAACGGCUCCCACUACCAAGGAAUCAGGAGGAGGAAGCAGUGGUUCUUGCUGUAAAGAUAGCACUUGCAUGCUUGCACCCUAACCCGCAGUGCCGACCCACUAUGCAACAAGUUUCUGUGGCUCUAUCAAAACACAAGUCGCACUUGCAGAACCCAUUGCUCAUGAUCACAUUAGGACAACUACUUGAUGUCAAUUUUCCAAAUGCCUAAGUAUUCUUGUUAUC